AUGAAAAAUCAUUUUAUAUCUUCACCUCUUGUAACACAAAGGCCAGAAUUUGACAGUAUGAUUCAACUAAGUGGAUAUCAUGAUUCACAAUUAAAUUUAACCAAUAUUAAAUUGUCUCAAGCUGGUUGGUAUGGUUGUGAAGUAUCUGGAAUCGGUGGGAGUUCCCAUGCAUUAUAUCAUCUUGAUUUAUAUUAUCAGCCCGUGAUGAAUAGACGUACACAAACCCAUGUUAUGGCACAACUAGGUGAAUCUGUAACUUUAGUUCUAUAUGUAGAUGCCAAUCCACCUUGGGCAGAAGCUGAAUGGUUUCAAAUAGAAACUUUUAAGAAUGAAGCUGAAAAAAUUCACAAUUCUCAACAAUAUGUUGAACCUCAAGCUUAUUUUGAACCGCAACAAAUAAAUUAUGGUUAUCCACAAUCGUAUAAUUCAUGGCCUCGUGUUAAAAGAACAGUAUUUCAUCGUUUUCAGUCACAUUUGUCAACAUCAGAUUUUCCUGGAGAACAAAAUUUACGUCAGUCUAUUGGGCAGAGAAAAAAUAUUUUUGCUUCCAGUGGUACUGGCCUCUAUGGUAACCUUACGUUCUUCCUCAGGUUCACAGAAGUUAAAUCUGUUGAUUUCGGUACAUACAUUUGUCAAGUUCGUCAUCAAUUAGGUGUGAAAGAAUUCACAUUUCACUUGAUAAAAAAGGCGGGGGAUGGAGUUAUAACAGAAGAAUCUAUUGAAGUUAUUCAUCAUGGAUCAACCACAAGUAUUUUAUUUAGUCCUCCAUUGAAAUCUUCCCUUAUGAAACUUAUCCUUCGAGUUUGCCGACGUGAUGCUUUGUUAGGUAAUCAUAAACAAACAGAUAAGCAGUCUGUAAUUAAGCAGCAUUUCAAACGGGAUAUUCCACAUCAAAAAGUAUCAAUUACCUCAAGAAAUGUUUCAAAACAAAAUGAUAUUACAAAUCGAUUGGAUAGUUCACAGAUUUUGGUUAAUUCCAGAACUGUUGGUUGUGAAGAUUAUCAGGUUGCCAAACCUUGGUUAGGAAAGAUGGAAAUACAUUUAUCCGAUGCAGUUCAGUUGUAUAAUUUUCGAUUUCUUUUAUUUCAAGGUACGAAACUUCUACAAGAAACAUCUCCUGUAUUAUGGCAACCAGAAAUAUCUAAAACGCAUGGUGUAUUCAAUAAAUCCUUGUUAGCAUUAGCUGUAACCGGUGGUUGUGCACUAGUAAUUGUAUUUCUUAUCACAAUAAUUAUAAUCUAUUCAUGCUAUGGACGAAAUAAACAUGGUUUAUUGAAAUUUUGGAAUAUAAAAAAAAGUCUGAAAUCAAGUACUUCGCAACAGUCGAGCAAAAAACUAGAUGUUCCAAAUCAUAUAGGAUGUGAAUUAGGUUUUGAACUUCACAGUGAUCUUGGAUCUGUGCGUAGAUAUCAACCAGAAACUCCAUACAAACAACCACCUCUAAAUGGUUCUUUCAUUUCACAUGGACAUGAUAAUUCAUUAAAUGGAAUUCAUCAUUUUAACUCUUUACAAAAUUCAGCAAUCAAUAGUGGAUUAGAUGGUAAUAGUAUUGAUAAUGAAUGUGCUGCUUUAUUACAUAGUUGUAAUUCAGUAGCUAGUAGUCAAAGUACACAUAUGAAUAUAAUCAAUAGUAGAAUAUUUGCUGAAGCUUAUGCUGCAGCAGCGAGAGCAGCUGCAUCUGUAGUCAGUGGAAGCACUGAUAUUUAUUCACCAAGUUCACAAAUGACAAAUGAUCUAGGUUCACAAAAUAAUGAAGAACGUAAUCGAUCACAACAUUCACUUCUUUAUUCCAUGAAUCAAGAAAUUAAUAAUGGAUUUAUAAAUGUAUCAAAAGAGACCAAUAUAAAUACAGAGAAUACUGGUGGUUGGAAGAAAUAUAAUAAUAGCAACAGUAGUAUAAAUUUAAAGAAUCGGGACAAGCGUAAAGCCAAUGACAUCAAUAAAUAUAAACAUUCUUUACAAGGAAUUAGAAAACAUUCAAGAAUUAGUUUAUCUGGUCAACUGGAACCCCGUGGAUCUCAUUUGUCUAUACAAUUGCCUUCAAAACAUUCAUUGAACUAUUCGCAAUGGAGUAAUGCUUCUGGUGCUUCUUAUUCUAGUUUAGUAAGUCCAAGUCAAACAGAUCUACAAGUUGCAGCUCAAGUAGCCGCAGCUGCGGCUGUUGUAUCGGUUGUAGAAAAUAUGAAUUUAAGUUUAGCUAUGAAUCAUGCAUCAUCACUUAAUAAUGUGGGUGGUUAUUGUCUUAUGCCUAGACCAUCAUCAAGAGCUGCAUCGGUAACCGGUCCUACUACCAGAAAUAUCAAUAAACUAUGGAUGGAAAAUGAAGAUGGAGAGAGUAUGAAAUUUGGUAUGUUUACUCCACGAAAUGCUUCAACUGGACAGGCCACACCAACUGCCAGUGUUGAUACUGUUGAUCCAAAUUUACAAAUAUCAACUCCAAGCCCGAUAUCACAACAACAACAAUAUUCUAAUGAUGUUAAUAAUAAUAAUAAUAGAAAUCAGUUGAGCUUAAAUAAUCAACAAAUAAAUGGGAGUUCCAUUUCUCAAUAUAAUGUUGUUCCCCAAACAAAACUAGAUGAUAGGUAUCAUCAAAAUUAUAAUCUAAAUCGAUCAGCUGAUUCACAAAAUAUUUCGAAUCUAUAUGCAUAUCAACAACAACAACAAAUGUAUCCUAUUCAUGGAUCACGUGUACCAUAUUCAACAUUCAUCAGUCCAACAUCCCAAACAAAUAUUUCAUCACCAUCUAAUCUUAAUGGUAAUGAACAAAAUCCCUCUUUAAUGGCUUAUUAUCGUAUACUAGCACAAAACCAGAUGCUUAACAGGCAUAAAUUACAACAAUUUCAUCAACAUCAACUGAUUCAACAGCAACAACAUCAACGACAACACCAGCAACAACAACAUAGUAAAAAUGAUCAAUUGAAACAAACAUUGAACAUGAACAAGUUGCAUCAACAAAUUAGUGGGUCUAAAAAUUUUAUAUCCGAUCAAAAAGAUCAAAAAAAUAAUUUAGAAAGUUGUACCCAACCCGAUCAACAGAUUGAACCAAAAAAAGAUUUAAAAUCUAACCAGAUCGAUAAAAUAAUCAAUGAAUGUAUUGAUAAUCAACUUGAUACAACUAAUAGUAAUAAAUUCCAAGAUCAAAAUAUACAAAAAAAUGUCAACAAACAUGAAGAAAAUUCAUCUAUAAAUCAAAAAGAUGAACAUGGUAGAUCAUUAAUAAAGAAUUCAGAUUUAAAUGAAACAAUAAACUUAGACAAUGCACAAAAUAACAUAACAAAACAAGUAUUAACUACAGAAAUAAAUACAUGUCAUUAUAAAACGACUGAUCAAACUUCUUCAAAUGAAACACCAUCUUUGUUAUUAAAUGAUAGACAAAUGAUUAAUCCUACUGAUAUUAAUAAUGAAAAUAAACCAAAUAACAAUAACUUUAACCAACCUCUUACUGUAACCAUCAAUUCAGAUUCAUAUUAUAAUUCAGUCGAAAACCAUAAUAUAUAUUUUAAGUAUAAUGAACAUCAAUCUCCUCUAUUAAAUAAUACAGAAUAUAAUGUGCAUAACAAUAAUAAUAACUGUCACAUAAAUUCAUCACAGAAAUCUCCAUCUUCUAUCUGUUCCCAAAAUACACCACAAUCACCAACUUCACCACCUUUACAAUCAACACAACAAUCUAAACAACAACCUCGUCUAGGUAUUCAUUCACCAGUAAGAACAAAUCGUUAUUUAAAUACUACAGAACAAAGUGCAUUCAAACAAUUUAAUGUUAAUCAAGAAAAAUUAAAUCUUUCAAAUGAAACAAAUAUUCAUUCAAAUUCUAUUGCAUGA